GCAUUAAGAUUAUCAACAGAGGAACAAUGGAAACUUCAGCAUCAGAAGAUGCAUGCAAAGCACCAUGGCCACGAAUCUAUGCAUAUGGAGAUGGUUCUUAUUCUCAUUGCAACCUUGGUAGUGGCACAGAUUGUACUGGUUCAAUGGAAGCAAAGGCACUGCAGGUCAUACAAUGUUGGUGCAUUGUUGGCAAAAAGCAGACUUGCCCAUACUGCAACGAGAAAGUUGAUUUGAAGAGGAUGUUAAGUAACCCGUGGGAGCGUACACAUGUUUUGUAUGGGCAACUGUUGGAUUGGCUCCGCUAUCUGGUGGCCUGGCAACCAGCUGUUAUAAGAAUAGUCCAAGUCAUUAACUAUUCGCUGGGCUUAGAAUAG